UUGAAACCUUUGGAAAGCAAAGAAUUUGAAUAAAUGUUAUAUAAGAAUUUAGAAAAAAUGUUAUACGCACAUGCGAAUUUAGAGGUGCAUUUUCAUAUGCAGACUUUAAUUUUCAUAUUAACAAUCAUACGAUAUAAUCCAUUAGCAUAUAAUAUCGACUCGGACAGCGCCAUAAUAUUUCGUGAUCCUGUAUUUAUAAGUGGACGUGAAAGUUACUUCGGAUUUUCGGUAGCUCUGUAUGCGGGUGUGAAUGAAUCUCUAUUAUUCGUCGGAGCCCCGCGAGCGAACUCCAGCGCAGAGCCGGACAUAAUAGAACCGGGAGUGAUCUUCAAGUGUCAGAUGAAUGGAAUAUGCCAGGAAUGGAUGCUAGAUGUAGUUCACAAUGCUCCACUUCAUUUUGAGAAUCUAAUCAAUCAGAAAAAGGAUAACUCUUGGUUCGGUGCGACUAUUGCCAUACAAAACAAGGCGGAGCCUAGAGUUGUGGUUUGCGGACCGCGAUGGAGAUAUACUGUCAUAAAUGAAAGCAUGGAAUAUAUGAAUGGCAUUUGUUAUGAGAUAUUAGCUACCAACAUUAGUGAUUUUGACAAAACAAUGGAAUGGUAUUUCUUACCAUUUACGAAAAAAAUUGUACACGAGAACAUCACAUCCGUUUAUAAUAAUUACACGCUGGCACAAGCCGGUUUUUCUUUAUACAUGAAUUCAAAAAACGACACGGAUAUCCUACUGGGUAGCCCAGGCACAGAGAAUUGGAAAGGCGAUGUGGUAUCAAUUGCGAUUUCUCGAUAUAAUGUGAAAGAAGUUAAACCCUUUCUUUGUAAAAAUCAAGAGAUUUGUGCUAAUAGUUAUCUUGGAUAUGCUGUAACUGCUGGUUCUUAUUUUGAUUACUUAAAUAAAAAUAUUACUUGGUACGCUUCCAGUGCGCCUAGAGGUGCUGACUUGUCCGGGUUAGUCCUCGUAUUCGUUUUAAAAAAUAAUCAAGCUACACCUAUUAGAACGAUAUUUGUAAACGGUCAACAAGUCGGCGAAUACUUUGGUGCCGCACUAACAUCGUGCGAUGUCAAUAAUGAUGGUAGACACGAAUUGAUCGUAGGCGCACCACAGUGGUCCAAAAACAUGGACGAAGGCCGCGUCUACAUUUUUACAGUACGAAACAAUAAAAAUUUCGAAGAACUACAAACAAUCGAAGGCGAGAUAAUCGGAGGCAGAUUCGGGUCUGCCGUGAUGUGUCUAGGUGACAUCGAUUACGAUGGCUACGGCGAUAUCGCUGUGGGCGCACCUUACGAAGAGGAAAGUGGCGGUGCGGUGUACAUCUUCAAUGGAAACAAAGAUGGCAUUUCCCAAAAGUAUAGUCAGAGACUGGCCGGUUCACGAUUCUCGCCGACUUUGCGAGGGUUCGGGAUCUCUAUCUCGGAACCCCGAGAUGUGAAUCGCGACAAAUAUUCCGACAUAGCUGUGGGCUCUUACUUGUCCGAUGAAGUGGUUCUGUUCAAAUCAGUGCCGGUAGUCAAGUUAAAAAUUGUGCUCGAACCACAGGCAACAUUGUUGGAAAACAUAACGUCUUUUGUUCUUAAAACCUUGAUGUCUUACGAUGGCACAAACGCACCGGAGAGUUUACACUUUCAGGUGACUUUUAAAAUUGAUCAAUUACACCGCAGAGCUGGAAUUGGAAAUUUUGACAAAAACCACAAUGGAAUUUACACGUACUCUUACGGAAUACCUAAAUUACCUCUGUUCAUAUUUAUUCAACCUUUAAUAGUACUCAAGGUAUAUACAUUCAUGUCUGUUUAUGUGAAUCUUUUUUUACUAUAUUAUCAUGCAUACUUUUGCGUAUCUCAGAAAGAUAUCAAACAAUUGACAAGUCCUCUCGAGAUAUCAGCAUCUCUGAAGUUAAAUGAUGCAGUAAAUAGAGAGCAUUACGCGUACAGUGUUAUGGACACGCAGCAUUCAAAGAUCAAAGAAGUUGUCAAAUUGCCGUUUUUAAAAGACGAAGACAUUCCGGUGUCUGACCUCAGCGUAAGCUUGUCUACUAAUUCGAGCUCCAAUAAUAGAUAUAUCAUCGGUUCUACGGAAAUGAUAUUGCUGUAUGUCAAGGCUUAUAAUCGCGGCAAACCCGCAUACCGCACAAAAGUGCGCAUCGUCACUGAGAUCUUAACAUUAGCGAGAAUCCCGCCUGAAUGUAUGGAAAAUUACACCAAUAGUACUUUGGUUUUGAUCUGCGAUAUCGGCGAUCCUCUUAGAACAAACAAAAUGUUAACGCUGCAACUGGAUAUGAGCAUGGUGAAAUACGAUGUUAGAGAAAUAAACUUACAGGCGAAUAUCAGCACUCAGACCAAGGAAAACAAUUUGGAUGACAAUUCUUUUGCCAUCACUGUAUAUUUCGAUGUGGACUUUGACUUAACGAUUGUCGGAAAAGCACGAGAGAGUUUGUAUUCGUGCUUACACGAGAAAAGACCGCCGAGCAGGAUUAAGUUCCAACACUUCUACGAAGUACACAAAUUCGGUGUCAGUCCUAUUCAAGAGGCUAUGUUGACCAUACAAAUUCCGACGCACAUUUGGCACCCUCGUUUCGGAGAAGUAACAAUCGUCAACAUCAAAGAUGUUACUGGAAAGAUGGACAGAUACAAGUUACAUUGCAGUGACUCACAUCGCGAAAUGUUAAAAAAAAUCGCAUCUAUGCAUAAAAAUAUAGUGAACCUAUCGCAUGCGAAUAAUAAUGCGCACGUGAAAUUUAGCACAGAAAAAAAUCCACUGAUAAACGUACUAUCUGAAAACAGGACGGUUUACAUUAAUUGUACAAAUGCAGAGGUUUAUUGUGCACAUUUUGAUUGCAGACUGCGACCAUUCUUAAAUCCCUUGUCCGUUGCGAAAAUUAUAAUAACGCUGGAUCUACAAUGGUUGAAUUUUCCUGGUGACGUGAUAGGAGGUAAAGACAUCAUAUUUUACGUGACUGAAGGUAGCAUUAUUGUAACGCAACCUUACAAUAUCCCCCAAAAAGAUAGUCAUAAAUCGGAUAUUACUUGGACGACAUUUUUGGGUCCGCCGACAGUUCAGGAACUACCGGAGUGGAUAAUGACACUUUCAAUAUUUUUAGGAAUUAGUCUGCUACUAUUGUUAACAUUAGGUUUGAGGAAAGUCGGAUUCUUUAGCAGAAAAAGAAUAGAUUUUGAUACAUUAAAAGCUGAAGAUGAUUUGAUGAUAAAUGUCGUUUAGUUAAUUUUUUGUAUAUACAGAUUUUUAUCUUCAUGAUGAUUGUAACAUAUUUUAUUAAAUCAUAAUUUUUUUUUUUAAAGUAUUUUUGAUGAGAAUCAUGAUCUCAUCAUGAACUCUGAAUCAUGAUCAAAUAUAAAUAUUAAAAAAAAUAUAUAAUUUAUAAAUAAGAGUUAGAGUCAAUC